AUGGAAGUUUAUGAAUAUGACCCAGCGGCCCACUUUAGUGAGAUUUUUGACUCUCCCGAGACGCUAAAUCAGAUCCCCGAGGUAUUGUCCCACAUCCAGCGCUACAAGCUCCAGCUAGAUCGCAACAUUGAAGAUCUCAAGAGCCAGUAUGAUUCCUCCACCACGCUAGACGACGAUAUUGCCAACCUAGUGCUGAAUAUCAGAAAGGUCAAAGAGAGCGCCGAGUCCACCAACGCGACCAUAACGCAGAUGACGAGCUCGAUCCAGAAUCUAGAUUGCUACAAAAAGAAUUUGGUGCUCUCCAUGACCGUGUUCAAAAGGCUACAAAUGUUGAUCAAUGUCAACAACGACUUGAGAGCUAUUAUAUCGACCCACAACUACAGAGAAAUCCACCUGAAGCUAGGCGUAACCAAGGAACUAUUGACCUUUUUCCAACCAUAUAAAUCCAUCGACGAAAUCAAUCAGAUCAAUUUAAUGAUUGUCCAUACUCAAAACAAGUUGAUUGACGAUGUGUUUUUGGACUUUGAAGAGUAUUUGAAGAACCAAAGAGCUAACGUUGCCGAAAGAGAAAGAGAUCGAGAGCUGGCAAAGUUACUGGCAAAUUUGCUAUAUGGCGCCCUCAUACUAGAGCUCAUCGAUGUAAAGUACAAGCAGAAAUUGCUUCAAUGGUUCAGAAACCUACAGUUGCGAGAUUUGAAAAACAUUUUCAGUCAAUCUGACGACGAGGCUGGCUCAAUCGAAGGUAUUGGACGCAGAUUCAUCUAUUUUAACAAGAUUUUGAACCAGGUGCAGCAACUUUGCAUCUUUCCCCAAGAGUGGCAAGUUGCGCUAGGUGUAGCCGACGAAUUUUGCAAAUUGACAAGACAAGACAUCUCCAACUCGCUCCGCAGUAAAAAAAUCGACUCGGAAGCUCUUUUGGCUGCCCUUACCAGUACAAUCGAGUUUGAGAAAAACUUGAACCGGGAGUUUGCCCAGGAGGAGACCGAGACUAAAACAGACUUUAACAUCUCAAAAGUGUUUGAGCCGUAUUUGUCGAUAUGGGUGCAGGAACAAGAUAGAGCAUUGCAAGCCAAAUUCUUGGAGUUUGCCGCUACUCCGCAAUUGCCCGAAGAAUUGAGGAAAAACAACACAACUGCAAGUGUAAGCGUGCCAAACAUUGCCGUUACCUCAACCGAGCUCUUCAAAGUGUACCACAAGAUUUUGACGCUGAUAUUGAAGCUCUCCAACGGCGAAAUCUUGAUUGAUUUGGCAAGGCUCUUCAACAAGUACCUCUUUGAGUACCUCAACAGAAUCCUCAUGCCCGUGUUGCCGAGAAACGACGAGGAUAUAGCGGGCGACGAUGCCAUUAAAUACUUGACAAUGUUGUUGAACACCGCUGACUAUAUUGUGGGCAACAUUGAAGAAACAAACGAGAAGUUCCAGUUGGUGGUUCAAGAAAAUUUGAAACCGAGAUUGCCUCAAUUAAACAGCGAAAUCUUUCUCCAGCUCGUGAGCAAAAGCAUCUCGGCAUUGCUUGUGAAAUUGACCAACGACUACAAAUCUUGUUGGCGAGAAUUCUUCAAUACCAACUGGGAAAAUAUGGACUCGGUCGGCGACGUUUCUUCCUACAUGGUGGACAUCAAAAACAUAACCGAAACAAGUUUGAAGAUGAUCCUCCCGUUGAUAAUCAGAGACAGCUACGUGCGCAACUUUAACGACAAGUUGGUUGAUCUCCUCGUGACCACGAUUGCCAACAAUUUAAAGUUUAUCAAGCCGCUCACGGUGAGCUGUUUAGAGCAAAUCUUGUUGGAUGUCAUUUCCCUCAAGGAGAUUUGCUUGAAAUUCCCCACGUUUGCCAACAAGGAAAGGUCGAAUUCGUACACCAAAUUCGUGCAAAACCACUUUCGCGAGUUGGAGUCCAUCUUGCGCAUCCUCAUGGUGCCAAACAAACCGAUUGAAAACUACAUCGAGAGCUAUUUCGAGCUCAUUGGCGGGCGAUCCGUCAGCAACUUUGUCAAGAUCCUCAAUCUCAAGAAGAUUGACAAACUGGUGCAGUACAAGUACAUUGACAAUUUCAAGUUGCAGCUCACGGUGGACAAUGACUCCACAAACGGCAUCGAUGGUCAUGCACAGCAACAUCAGCAUCAUCAUUCAGCUAACCAAUUGCUAGCUAAUCUUGAAGACGAAGACAUGAUGAGCCAGGUCAACGUUUUGCUGCUGCUGCUGCUGCUGGCGACCGCCUCAGCUGGGUAUGGCCAAUCAGCCGCUUCCAAGCGUGUAGCGAGCCCCAUCCCGGGAUUAACUUCGCCUAUAAACUUACCCAAGAUGAAUCAAUUUGAAAAAAACAUCAGGGAAUUGGCCAUGUCGGGUGAAACGCACGUGAAUAAGUUGAAUGAGAAUUUCAAGAACUUUGGAAGAUUCUUCAAGAAUGAGCGGUAG